UCAUCCGUCCACAGGAUGUCGCUAUUCUAACUCAGAAUCUUAAGUUUUCUUUGGUAUUGCUGUUUGCGCUCGGCUUCCCCUAGUGGCGAUUUGCUGUAAGCAGCAGGCAGAAAGAACUUUUUAUUUCAGUUGGAAAAGAGGCCUUGAGGUGUUAAGACGUUACACACCUCCUCUGCACCAUACAUCGUUGGGAACCCUUGACAAAACAAAAUCUUUUUACCACACACACACACGCACACACGUUGACACAAAGAAAUAAAUGAGAGGAAGGAGUUCGGGCCUCCAAGUUUCUUUGUCGGUUUAGCUCGCUGCCAAAGUCGAGUAGCCAUACGCUCGGCUGAGGGCAGAAGAGUAAAAAGAUUUUCAACACAUCAAGCACCCAAGAUGUCUCAGCAAGAAGUUUCACCACCUAUCAGCCAAGUGGUCACCAGGUCGGAGGCCAGUCAUUCUCAUUCUUCACGCCGGUCCAGAACGAGUCAAGCUGCUGCACAAGCACGAGCAGACGCCGAAGCUGCCUACGCCAGAGCACGGUACGCCAAACGCCAAAUCGACAUGGAGGUCGAGAAGGCACGCAUCGAGGCAACACUACACGCUCUGAAGACGGAAGGUGAAGCAGAAGCAGCGCUCGCCGCAGCUAAAGUUUGGGAGGCGACUUUCGAAGAAGAGGAGCGCGCCAAAGUCGACCUCAGCGAGCAAGGGGUAUUUUCCAAGACACCCCCCUCCAUCAGGCGUGCACAAGAGUAUGUGCAUGCUCACUUUGACGACCAGCGUGUGCAAGCAGAUGGCACACAAACGCCAAACACUGAGCACCUGGUUAGGCACAAUGACUCUCAACAACCAGAAAAUAGCCCAAAAUCAGCUGGUGCUUUUCCACAUGUGCGUCACAUCGACAUCGCUGACGAAGAGCAUCUCCAAUCUCAUCGUGCGAGAACGGACAUCUCACACCAGCCUACACCUUCAGCAACCCCACAAAGUGAACUGUCCAAUUUAGCAGCCUAUCUAGCACGGCGUGAUCUGCUGACAUCGGGGUUCAAGGUUUUCGACAACCGGCCAGAGUCCUACCUGUCCUGGAAGUCCAUGUUCUGCAACGCGACGGAAGGCCUCAAUCUCAAGCCCAGCGAAGAGCUCGACCUUCUCACCAAGUGGCUCGGCGGGGAGUCUCUUCAACACGCUCAGAGGAUCAGGGCGGUCCACGUGAGUAAUCCACAGGCAGGUCUCCAACGUCUGUGGCAGCGGCUAGACAAGACUUAUGGCUCUCCAGAGGUAAUUGAAUCCUCACUCUUCCAACGGUUGCAGACUUUUCCAAGAAUCUCCAACAAAGACACUCACUUACUGCAGGAGCUUGCUGAUCUUCUGUUAGAGCUAUCGUAUGCCAAAAGUGAAAGUUAUUUGCCGGGUCUUAGCUUUCUCGACACACCAAGGGGCAUAAACCCGAUAGUUGAAAAACUCCCAUAUGGACUCCAGGAGUCAUGGGUUACACAAGGUACCAAAUACAAAAGGGAAAACGGUGCAGUCUAUCCACCUUUUUCGUAUUUUGUGCGGUUCGUAAAUGACUACGCUGAAAUGAGAACAGACCCUAGCUUUAUGUUACAGUGUUCAAACGUAAUAAAUCCAAGGGUUGAUAAGACAUCAGUAAGACGAGACAAAUACAGAGUUCCACUAGCAGUGAAUAAAAUAGAGAUCAGUCCGGCUAAAUUGACAGCACUCGAUCCAGACAAACAAUGUCCUAUCCACCAAAAACCUCAUUCACUCGUCAAAUGCAGGGGGUUUAGAAUGAAAACACUAGACGAAAGAAAGAACAUUCUCAAAGAGCACGCCAUUUGUUUUAAAUGUUGUGCGUCCACAAAUCACAGGGCUCGAGACUGUAAAGCUAUUAUCCAAUGCUCAGAAUGUGAUAGCGAUGCUCAUGUGUCUGCCAUGCAUGUCGGUCCACCUCCAUGGACACCUCAAGACUUUAAUCCCCCAACCCAGAGUCACGGCGGGGAGUCUGAGGGCCCAAAUCCUGUGAACACAGCCAGUUGCACAGAAGUAUGUGGGCAAGGCGUAAAAGGAAAAUCAUGCUCAAAGAUCUGUUUAGUUAAUGUAUAUCGCCGAACUUCUCCAGAAAAGAAAAAGAGGGUAUAUGCCAUGUUGGAUGAUCAGAGCAAUUCAUCCUUAGCCAGAUCUGCGUUUUUUGACAUGUUUAAUGUGCAAGGUACCAUAUUCCCAUACACCAUGAGAACAUGUGCAGGUUUAUCAGAGACACGAGGUCGCAAAGCUGAUGGCUUUAUUGUAGAAGAUGUAGAUGGUAAGGUCUCCAUGAUGCUGCCUACAAUAACAGAAUGUGAUCAGAUUCCAGAUAAUAGAGACGAAAUUCCCAGCCCUGAGGUAGCAGCAGCUCACCCUCAUUUGCGAUCAAUCGCUUCACAGAUUCCUCCUCUCGACCCAUCGGCAGACAUUCUUCUGCUCCUGGGAAGGGACAUCAUUCAGGCUCAUAAAGUUCGUGGUCAGGUAAAUGGGCCAAACAAUGCACCUCAUGCCCAGCGUCUCGAUUUAGGAUGGGUUGUCAUAGGUGAUGUCUGUCUCUCUGGAGCUCAUAAACCCACAUUGAACUCAUUUAAGACGAACGUUCUAAACAGUGGACGUCCCACGUUCCUCAGUCCUUGCGAAAACACAAUCGUUAUCAAAGAGAAAUACACCAAAAACGAUCCACUAAACACACAAGCGGAACUAGGACAACAUAUUUUCCAACAAACAACAAAUGACGACAAAGUUGCACUUUCGGCAGAAGAUGCGUUGUUCCUAGACAUUAUGCACAACAACUUUGCUAAAGAUGAGGCGAAUAACUGGGUAGCUCCACUUCCAUUCCGCUCACCUAGGCGGCGCCUACCUGACAAUCGGGAGCAGGCCUACAAUCGUUUAAUGUCGCUCCGCAAAACGCUGAGAAGAAAGCCUGAAAUGAGAGCGCAUUACGCUGAGUUUAUGGAGAAAAUAUUCAGCAAGGGCCAUGCCGAACCAGCGCCCGCACUGGCGCCAGAUCAAGAGUGCUGGUAUCUCCCUAGUUUUGGCGUUUACCACCCGCAAAAGCCAGAAAAAAUUAGGGUAGUCUUUGAUUCGAGUGCUCAACUUGACAAUGUUUCUCUCAAUGACGUGCUCCUCAAGGGACCAGAUCUUAACAACACUCUCGUAGGAGUUCUGAUGCGGUUUAGGUCCGACCCAUACGCCGUCAUGGCAGAUGUGGAGCAUAUGUUUCACAACUUUGUAGUACGAGAAGACCACCGUAACUACCUUCGUUUCUUGUGGUUCCAAAAUCAUGACCUUGAUGGAAAAGUGCAAGAAUUUAGGAUGACUGUCCAUGUGUUUGGUAAUUGUCCUUCCCCAUCAGUCGCCAUCUUUGGACUGAAAAGAACAGCCAUAGAAGGAGAAAUGGAAUUUGGCAGUGACGCAAAAGAAUUCAUUGAACGGCACUUCUAUGUAGAUGAUGGGCUAAAGUCAUUCUCUUCCAUAGAGCAGGCCAUUGAUGUUCUUAGUAGGGCACAGAAGAUGCUGGCUCAGUGUAACAUACGCCUGCACAAAAUCUCAUCCAAUUGUCCUCUCAUAACAGGAGCCUUUCCAACCGAAGAUCGUGCUGUAGGCAUGCAAGGUCUUGACAUUGGGCAGACUACCCCACCAAUGCAGCGCAGUUUGGGCUUAGGAUGGGAGCUGUUGACUGACCAAUUCAAGUUCCAACCGUAGGUGCGGUAGCCUACCUCAAACUCACAAAUGAGGACGGACACAGCGAAGUGGGAUUCCUCCUCGGCAAAGCACGUUUAGCUCCUAAACCAGACAUCACCAUACCCCGACUUGAACUCUGUGCAGCAGUC